CCAACUUUCUCUUUCUCUCAUCGCGCUUUUCAACAAAUAUCUACACGACUCUAAGCCACAACCAGCCAAAUAUCUCAGUUGUCGCACACCAGCCCUACAAGCAGGGCACACGAAUCCCAUGUCUACCCUAUCACGAAGAAGCAGGAACAGCAUCUCGAGCACCCAUGACAAACGCAUGUCAAAAUACAGAGUCACAGACGACGACCUCUUCGACUACACCCUCCGAGUAGCCAUCCUAAGCUACCUCACCCAGCCCAAGGUCUCCGAUCCCUCCUCGAGCGCGGCGAGCAACAAUGGAGGCAGCGCCAGCGCCGAGGUCAAGGAGAAGGAGCACUACCACAAGAUCGUGUCGGGCGCGAUAUCGAACUCCAUCGUGUCCAUCGCGGAUGUGUUCAAGGAGAUUGGGUCGGGGUCGAAGAGCGUCAAGUUCCCGGAGAAGCUGUUGAAGCAUCUUGAGCAGAAGUUGCAGAAUAUUGCGAUGGGGAAGGAUGCUGCGUACUCGGACCAGCUCACGCGGCGCGUCAUGGCCGUUUUUUACGGCCAGUUCAUGAGCGACUCGUUCCGCAAGCAGAUGAAGGAGAACCGCUCGAUCGAGGAGCUCAUUCUCAUGUUCGCCGCGCAGGCGACGUCCGCGCUCAAGAAGGAGCCGACGCUCGCAGCCGGCGACCGCUGGAAGCUCGAGCUCAACAACCAGAUCGCGCAGUUCGUGAAGCUCAUUAGGGAGGCGCUGAGGAAUGUGUCGCAUGGCGUGUCGCCGGAGCUGCAGUCAAGGCUAGGCAUGUAUCAGGCGAAGCUGACGCCGAGCCCGGGGCAGGCGGCGGCGAGCGAUUCGGGGUAUGAGACGGCGUCGACGACGGCGGGGGCGGGGGCGGGGGCGGUGCAUCGGGACUCGGUGAGUAGUGGGACGGGCAGUGCGCAGCCGAGUAUUAGCGCCAAGGUUGCGGAUAUGCCGCUUGUGAUGGUUGUUGCGAAGUUGUUCAAGAUCCCCGAGGAGGCGAUGCAGGGCGAGGUGGAUCGGAUGCGGCAGUUUUGUACGGAGAAGGCGGCGCUGAUGGAUCUGAAGACAUGCUCAAAGAACCUGAAUGGUGGGCUCCCGUUCCCCGGUCAGCGAGAAGACUUUUCGUCGGACGCAGCGUGGAACCACUGGCAGACCAUGGAAAAGUCGACGCUUUCGCAGCUCAUGAAGGCGAUGAUGUCUGUCAACCCCGACCUCAUCAAGUCCAUGCCCACCGAGUCCGUCUCUGCCGCCGGCCGCCCGGGCUCCGUCUACUCCCAGACUGGCAGCGGUGCUGCGACGCGGCAUGGCUCGAUCGGGAGCCGCCGCUCGCUGUACGGCGCGGUGGGCAGCAUCGGGAACGCGGGCGAGCUCGCGGACGACGUGACGGGGGACGACGAGGUGCCGACGGGGAUGGAGUUUACGUAUAUCCCGCCGAACCCGCGCAAGUUUUACAAGCGGCUCGUGGAGUUUUGCCUGGUUGCGGACCUUGAGCUGAUGUUCUCGCCCGAGGUGGACGACGCGGACGAGGUGCCGCUGACGAUUCUGUCUGGUCCGCAUCUGGAUCUGAUCAAUGAGUGCGCGUUGAGGUGGAGGAUUGGGCAGCCGUAUCGGGUGACGUGUUUUAUGGAUCUGAUUAAGCAGUUUUAUGAGCGGAGCGAUGUGCCGAUGGAGUGUAUACCGGAGGCGCUGCAGGCGGUGAGCAAGGCGUUGCAUGAUACGGAGAUCGACCGGUGGCCGGUGCAUGAUGCGGAGUAUCUCCAGGGCAUCUACGGCAGCCUGUACAACAUCUACCUCUCGUCGCUGUACCACGCGCUCGACGGGCUGCCGAACCUCAAGACGGCGGAGGUCGAGCCGUUCCUGCACGUCCUCGACCACGUGCGCGAGAGCGGGCUUGUGGAGCAGUACGAGGCGGAUAUUGCGGCGCGGAUCGGGGACCUCGAGGAGCGGGUGCGGCAGCUCGCGCGGGAGCGGUACGCGGAGAAGAUGGGGGAGCUGCAGGGCGCGCCGGGGGUGAAUCGGGCGCUGCCGAUGUUGUUUAUGACGGAUGAGAUUGAGCGGGUGGCGAAGCAGCUGGAUAAGCGGUUUGCGCAGCCUAUACUUGGGAGGGUGGAUCUUGUGUCGCUGUUUGUGGGUGUGCAGGUGCCGCUGUUUAUCGAGGAGGUGCACGGGUCUGCGAAGCGGCUGUUUGAGUCGUCGAUGAACGGGCCGACGCCGGAUAUACCGAUACAGGAUAUCUUUGCGCUGUAUCGGCGGACGAAGCUGAUUCUGUCGAUGCAUUCGGCGUUUUGUCCCAACGGGCCGCUGGAGUUUGAUGUGGGCGCGUUUUUUGAGCCGUAUGUGCGGCAGUGGCUGUUGGAUACGGAUAAUAAGACUGCUCAAUGGGUGCAGGCUGCUAUUGCAGCGGACAAGUUUGAGGCUGAUACGGAGCAAGGGCAUAGCUCGUCGAUUGUUGAUUUGUUCGACUCGUUGCGGAGUCCGAUUUCGUUCUUGCAGGACUUGGAGUGGUCGGAUGAGUACCAGGAGGCGCGGUUCUUCACGAGCUUGUCAAAGACGAUCUCGAAAGCGAUCGAGAUGUACUGCCGGAACGUCGAGGAGCUGUUCAUGUCGGAGAUGUUCCCGCGGCCGACGGACUACCUGCAGCCGCAAAAGUCGUCUGCGUGGCUCGAGAAGGCUAAGCAGCUCGCUGUCGCUGCGGGCGAGAAGAAAGUGGAGCCGUUCAAUUUCCAGCCGCAGUCGUGCGUGAAGCUGAACAACGUGGAGGCUGCGCGGCGGCUGCUGGACAACAUGUACAACCAGAUGAACGUGGACAAGGUGAUGGAGGUGAUCGCGCAGGCGCCGCCGGUGCCGGAGAAGGGCGAGCGGAUGCGGUUUUUGUUUGCGGUGAAGAUUGUGCUCGCGGAGGGGCUUGUGCCGCUGGAGAGCAGUCCGAGUGCGCUGUUGGAUACGUUUGUGACGCUUAGUGAUCCGGCGGGGAAUCGGAUUGCGAAGACGCGGACGAUAUAUGAGACGUUGAGUCCUCGAUGGGACGAGACGUUCGAUAUAUCGGUUAUCGAGCCGCUCUGGUUGAUGGCGUGCAUCCGGGACCGCGCGCUCGUUGGCUCGCACGAUAUCGUCGGGCGCGCGUAUAUCUGCCUCGAUCCGCGCAAGUUUGGAGACUUUUUGACGCACGAUAUAUGGCUCAAGCUCGAGAACCACGGGCGGGUGUUGCUCCGCAUCAGCAUGGAGGGCGAGAAGGACGACGUGCAGUUUUACUUUGGGCGUGCGUUCCGCUCGCUCAAGCGGAGCGAGGGCGAUAUGGUGCGGAUAUUCAUCGACAAGAUGGCGCCCUUCAUCCGCCAGUCGCUCUCGCGCCCCAUCCUGCGCACGCUCCUCAAAGCUGGCACGCUCGGCCCGAACUACCAAAAGGCGUGGGAGAACGUGACGGGCCUGUACCGCUCGGCGCUGGGGUCGAACGCGAGCGAGGUGCAGAUCCCGCUGCCGUCGUCGGAGAAGCCGCGUGUGCGGCCCGAGGAGCUGACGGACGUGGAGAUCGAGCGGGCGAUUCUGCCGCUGUUUGACUAUUUCGACGCGAACCUGCAGACGCUGAACACGUAUUUGAGCAGCAAUGCGAAGAACAUGAUUUUGAUGCGGGUGUGGAAGGAGAUUUUGAUGGUGAUUGAGGAGCUGUUGGUGCCGCCGUUGUCGGAUGUGCGGAGCGAGAUGAAGCCGUUGAUGGAUAAGGAGGUGGAUAUUGUGUUUAAGUGGCUGAAGUUCUUGCGGGAUUAUUUCUAUGCAGAUGGCGAGGGCCCUGUGGACAUUGAAGAGCUGCAGAACCAAAAGUACCGCGAUGUGCUGUCCAUUCGGCUGUAUUACGAUUGGCAUACUGAUGCGCUCAUGGAGGAGUGUGUCCGUGUGAUGCAGCAGAGCUUGCGGGAGUCCGUGCCGGUCAAGAAGCGCGUCAAGAGUGUGUACAACCAGCGUAACCUUGGCACGAUCAAGGAGCGCAAGAAGGAGAAGAAGGAAGAAAAGGAGGUGUCUUCUAAUGGAGAGACUAUCAUGCGUAUUCUGCGGAUGAGACCAAACACGUCAGACUUUAUCGCGCAGCAGCUCCAGCUUAUGACGGCUAUGCAGGCCGAGCAAGAAAAGCAGCAGGCAAAGGAGCGAAGGCGGACUACGAGGCAGCAGCAGGCGCCGCCGCCGGUUCCUCCGCUGCCCUCCGAGUUGUAGGCGUGCCGUGGUGGACGAUAUGGGUGCAUAUACCCUGGGAUACAUACCCACCCCUGUUGUUCAUAUUUCUUUACGACUGGCGUCAUGACCGUGUGGUUUAUGUACAUAUGAUCAUGGGACAUUAUUAUCUUUUUCUUUGGUUUAUUACUGAGUAUCGAUUACUAUCCAUGUUCUAUGAACUUGUUUGCCUGAC